AAACGAGUCUAUCGGAAUCGUCCUCACAAUUAUUAUUGAAAUACGACGACGGUCAUCAAUAUACGAUCAAAGUGAAUAUCGAAAGCUUUUAACUACAAGCACACGCAUUUUCUGACUUACUCAACGAAAUAAAUCAUGCGGACGUUUAUUUCAUUCGUGAUUUUCGUUUCAUCCGUCACUGCAUGGGUGGCCGCGGCAACCGACACGGCUUUUGCCAAACCGUCUUACGAGAAUUUCGAUUCCAGGACUCGUAAAUUGGUUCAAAAAGCAAACUACGAUAGCUGGUCAAAAAAACCUAGAAAGACUUUUGAUAUCAAUUACAAAACAGAUAUACCGAAGGAAUUCGACGCACGUCAGUAUUUCGUUAACUGUGCGAAUGUCAUCGGCGACGUCAAGGAUCAAGGAAACUGUGCUUCCAGCUGGGCGGUAGCAGUGGCUUCAACAUUCACGGACCGGCUCUGUAUAGCGACCAAUGGAACAUUUACCCAAAACUUGUCCGCUCAAAACCUAAUGUCUUGUGGUGAUGAUGAAAAAAUGGGUUGUAACGGUGGAUCGGCGUUUAAAGCUUGGGAAUUUAUCACGGGCACAGGAAUAGUUACUGGUGGUAACUUCGAUUCCAACGAGGGUUGCCAGCCGUAUAAAAAUAGGCCUUGUGAUCAUUACGGUGACAGCCGCAUGACAAAUUGUUCGAGUCUCCGUAAAACGCCAAUGACAAUUUGCAGAGAAAAGUGUAUUAACAAAAAUUACAAAGUUAAAUACGAUGAUGACUUACACAAAACUUCGGUCAAUUAUAUAACAUCAUGGACAAACGUCAUACAAAUUCAACAGGAAAUUAUGACCUACGGCCCUGUGACUGCGUUAAUGUACGUGUACGAAAAUUUUAUGGGCUACAAAAAAGGAGUUUACAAGUCUACGGUCGGUGAUCUCAUAGGGUACCAUCACGUCAAGUUGAUCGGAUGGGGUGUUGACAACGACGGCAACGAAUACUGGUUAGCAAUGAAUUCGUGGAAUUCGAAUUGGGGAGAAAAUGGACUUUUCAAAAUCCUCAGAGGAUACAAUUUCUGUUCAAUCGAACUCUUAGUAAUGGCCGGUAUCGCAGACGUUUCUCAACCAUAGUACCUAAUAAUAAUGAUAAUUUAAUAUCCUUCUCAUAAUAUUAUUUUUGUAUUAUUACUAUAAAUUAGCAUAGUUAAUUUAUUAUUUAUUUGUAUAAUUGUUUUUGACAUUUGUAUCAUAGUAUUUUAAUGAUUGUAUAUAAUUAGAAAUCCAUGUACAUUUUAAUAAUUUAUUGUACAUACUAUAAUAUUUUGUAUAACAUGAUGCAUUGGCUGAUAUAAUAAUAUGAUGCAUGUUAUACGGAGCUAAUUUAUUUGAUAUUUUCUCGCUGCAGUACACAAUAUAUUAUGUAAACUUUUUUAUACAAAAAUAAAUUUAAUCGAAAACACA